CCCAAGUCACCAAGAGCCGGUGCCAUCUAUGGUGUCAGGGCAUUUUAAAAGCAAUGGGAGGUGGUGCAUCAGAUUUGCAAGGAAAGCUAAAGGAUUCAAGUGCUGAGGAGCUCAAGCGCACCUUCGAGGAUCUUAGCAUUGAAAAUCGCCAGUGGAUUGUGGCAGCAAUUGAGCAGGUCGAGGCCGCUCGGAGUAUGGAUCUGUCAGCAGUGGCAGGUGCAUACACGGCACAUGCUUCCGACGGAGACUGGGGAAGCUAUACGAUAUCAGUUCGCAUUGAUCCAGAUGGCAAUGGGAAGAUCUAUGAGUCAAACUGCGACUUCCGGGACAGUCCUGCGACCAAAACUGAGAGGAACGGGACAUUCAGCAUAGUCGGCGAUGUGGUUACUUUCAAUGCGCCACAGCGGACGAUCACCACUGAAGGGGCUGGUGGAACGUUCACUGAGACUAAAGAAGAAGUAGAGCGCCUUCGCUUCAGAGUCAAGGCGAACCAGCUUCUGCAGCUAAAGGGUGACACUGAUGAGGUGGGCACAAUCUCUGGUGGUAUAGCCGGAGAUCCACAGCCAGCGGUUUUGAACAAAAGUUCUUAACCUGUGAGGCUGCCUCCAGAUUAUUAGAAUUCAUGAUGUGAUCUAUUUGCCAAAUCCUCGAUGGAAUCCGUACAUUGAAAUCGGUAGGUUUACUGGAAGGUAGACUCUUUGGUUCUUGUGUUUUGGCAGCCCCUACAAAUUUUGCGGAUGGUGCGGCCAAGAGUUCUGAUGAUUUGCUAAAGGAACCGCUUGAACCUUCUCGGCGACUUGAUGUAUCAUGGCGAAUGGCAUAUUUGCUCAAUCUGAAUGUAGGGUUCUGUGACAAGGCGGAGCCCAAUCUUGUUUCAAUAUUGUGAGGGGCUGCUGCAUCCCAAACAUGUCCAAAAAGCUUGAGGUGGGUGUUGCGGGCUGAGUUGCACCGACAGUUCGUUUGCAAACAACUUGCAAAACACAAAGUCGAGGCGUUUUAGGUGGCG